GGUUGUUGGUUGUUGGUUGCCAUAGCAGCAGCACUCAGGGGCACCGCAGAAGACGCAGGUGGUUGAGUUCCGGAGUUUGUCCCCAGAUAACAACAAACAACACCACGUGUUUCAAUGGAGGCCUCCUCACACAGCAGAGGUGGGAGGGGCCUGUGGAACAAGCCCAGGGUCACCGCGUACAGCAAACAGACCCAGGACAUGCUGAGAUUGAUGAUGCUGGAGUCCAAACUCACCAACCUCCAGAGAAAGCACAUCAAUGAAAGUCUGAGGAAUGGAACAUCUUUGCCACUGCCCCCUGACCCCAAAUUGCUACCUUCUCCCACUCAGCCGAAAACCAGUAAAUCUGUCCAGAGACGCCUGCCGAGCCGACCUCAGAGACGCAGUGCAGAAGCUUGCUGUUCUGGAAACAGCUACUCUAGAGAAAAGUUCUGCCCCACUGCUACCAGGGACUUAGAGAAAGAGAAGAGGAGGCUUCAGAAUAUAAUGGCAACAGGAGAAGAAGAGCCCACAUCUGCCCCAUCCCCAAAUGUUCCAACAUGCUGGACCCCAGAAGUGGAGGAGAGAGACCAGUAUCAGGAGGUUCUGGAUGAGAUAGAGGAAAGACGACAGUUUCUGGCAGACAUGGCCUCUCUUGGUCAGGAGAAGCAGUACAUCCAUAUAAUCAACACGGAAAUAUCACAGAAAAUCAGAGAGCUGGAAAUACUGGAUAAGUGUCGCCAACACAUCCGCUUGGAACGAGCAGACAACGUGGACCAGGAGGCGACAGCAGAGAGGACCGACCUCUGA